AUGUCAGCCACUACUUUUCUGAAUUUGCCGCGCGAGAUCCGCAACAUCGUCUACAGCUAUUUGACCCACGACAUCUCCAUCGACUGGGGCUACAAGACGUUCCCAUUUCCGAUUGGCGGCCAUGCAGCAGUAAAACUCCACGUCAAGGAUGCACCAUUUCCCGAUGUUUUGCUGGUCUGCUCACAAGUGUAUCAUGAGUAUCGCCAAGAGAAACGCCAUGGAGUACCAUGCCUUGCCAUCAAUGUCAGCCCUGGACGCACCGGGCGCAUUCUUGAGGGUCAGCCAACAAACCAAGGCCGAGUCUUCAAGAUCCUUGCACACGCAAACCAUCUGGCCUUCCUCUACUGGGGCAUGGGCGAGGACAGGGUCAAAGAAGCAUGGGAUAAUAUCGAACAGCUCAGCGGAGCGGUGGCCAUGCUGGCUCCCGACUUACGGACCGUUCGGGUAGUCGAGAUGACAUUUCGAAGCGGUCUAUCGAGAAGUGAUGCCGAACCCAUGGCUACCACACCAGGUCCAAUCUCUUCCGGGGCUUCUCCAAACGAGCUCUAUCGCGCAGCUCUUGGGACUUCCCUGGUAACGCACGGCCAGCUGGCCUUCUGGAACGAUCGCAUUGAGUCUGCUACUGCUCGUCAAGAUCUCGUGUAUAGGCAAGGCGACGGGGUGACAGAGUGGCGUUAUACGCGCCGCAAGAACGACGUUGGUUUGGAAGUAUUGCAGCAUAUGUAA